AUGAGGUUCUUCUCGGGCAGUUGGUUCUCGGAUGUGCCGUGGCUUCAUGUGUACGUGGGUUUUUCACUGACAAUAGAGGCUUUUGAGCAAUAUUUAAACCUGCGGCAGCUGCGGCGAUAUACCAGCAAAAAGAAGCCUCCGUCUUUGCUAAGCCUGUGGGUGUCAGAGGAAGCCUAUGUGCAAGCCAAUGAAUACAAUAGUGACAAGAUCAAACUGUCUAUGGUCUCUUCUCUUGUUGAAUCCGGCGUUUCUAUCCUUUCCACCUUGUAUUUUUUCGGGCCUUUUUGUUGGCGUAUUGCGGGAACAUGGGCAGGAGACGGGGAGUAUGCUCGUCCGCUGGUCUUUAUGGCUAUACAGCGAGUAGUGUCCGAGUUUAUCUGCACCCCCUUCCAGCUCUACGGCGACUUCUGUGUAGAGGAAAAACAUGGCUUCAAUAAGAAGACAAAGCUCCUGUUUAUUAAAGACAAGCUUCUCGGCCUGGGUCUCACAGCGGCAAUUGGGGCGCCCAUUCUGUGUGCUGUGAAUUGGCUUAUCAAGUGGGGAGGGGCUAACUUUCAUUUUUGGCUCUGGGGUUUCUCGGUGUUGAUGACAUUCGGAAUGAUAGUGAUAUAUCCCAACCUGAUUGCUCCACUGUUCAACAAGUUCCAAGUUUUACGGGACAGAGAACUCAGGAACAAAAUAGGCGCCCUGGCUGAGCAGCUGAAGUUCCCUCUCUGUGAAGUGUACGAGAUGGAUGGGUCGAAACGUUCCAGCCACAGCAACGCCUAUUUCUACGGCUUUUGGCGGUGGAAGCGAAUUGUUAUCUUUGAUACUUUGCUUCAUCUGCCCCACGAGCAGAUUUUAGCUGUUCUGGGCCACGAGCUAGGUCACUGGGGCAGGAGCCACUUCACGCAGCGUUUGGCGCUUGUGUUUAUGAACUUGUUUGUGACAUUUUACCUUUACGGGAAAGUCAUGAACAACGACCACCUCUACAAAUGCUUCGGUUACGGCUCAGAUGCCAAAUCUCCCAUUAUUGGUCUCAUGCUCCUUGCCAAUAUUCUCGCUCCUUACCUGAUUUGUUCGUCUUCGGUAUUUGAGGGCUCCAUGCAGGUGAACACCGUCCUAUCUGUCCUUUCGACGCUGCUCUCGCGAAAACAUGAGUUCCAAGCAGAUGCGUUCGCAUGCGAACUCAAUUAUGGAGAACAGCUGAAGGAAGCGCUUUGCACAAUUCACACGGAAAAUAAGUCAACUCUCGACCCAGAUCCCUGGUACUCGUGGUGGCACUACAGCCAUCCGCCACUCUUGGAGCGUCUUUCUGCCAUCGAUGCCAUACUUACCAAAACGCAAAAGAAGGACAAAAACGACGAUAGCAGCAGCAAGCAACCAAAAGAAGAGACGGAGAAAACCACGAUAGAAGGCCAUCACGAAUCAUCCGGUGUAACAAGGGCAAGGAGCCACAGGGUGGAGCCAGAGACCAGCUCUGAUCUUUGA